GGCUCAGUGGCUGCGGCAGUGCACAGGGGGCGGGGGCAGGAAAAACGAGCCCCAGCAGGAAUGAGGGGAGAAUCGUAUUUCCUUGGAAUGCGAGGCCCUGGUCACUAUGGCUGUAUUCUGGAGGAUGGGGGACUUUUCCUACUCUACUCUAUAGACCGAGACAAGGAUAUAAAGAGAUGUUUUGCAGAGGAAGAUUUUCAUGAAAUAACUGAUUUCAAUGAUCUCCCAAACUCUCUCUUCGCUUGUAACGUCCACCAAUCUGUGUUUGAAGGCGAGGACAGCAAGGAGAAGUUUGAGGGCUUGUUCCGUGCCUAUGAUGACUGUGUGACGUUCCAGUUGUUUAAAAGCUUCAGACGUGUGCGGAUAAAUUUCAGCAGUCCUAAAUCAGCUGCUCGGGCCAGGAUAGAGCUGCAUGAAACACAGUUCAGAGGGAAGAAGUUAAAACUAUACUUCGCACAGGUUCAGACCUCCGAGACAGAUGGGGACAAGCUUCAUUUGGCUCCACCACAGCCCGCAAAACAGUUUCUCAUCUCGCCUCCAGCCUCCCCUCCCGUAGGGUGGCAGCCAAUAGAUGAUGGAACACCAGUCAUCAAUUAUGACCUCCUUUAUGCAGUUUCUAAACUAGGACCAGGGGAGAAGUACGAGCUGCAUGCAGGGACAGAGUCCACCCCGAGCGUGGUGGUGCAUGUCUGCGACAGCGACACAGAGGAAGAAGAGGACCCAAAGAAUUCUCCAAAGCCAAAAAUUAUUCAAACCCGGCGCCCUGGCCUGCCUCCUCCUGUGUCUAACUGAGCCUCUCCAGCAGAAGCAGCACUUCUCUCCUCCAGCAUGGCUCUUUGUUUUUCUGUUUGCUAUGUUUUGUUGAAGGGCAGUCAUUGCCUCUUGGGUAAUGGGACAUCUAGCUCAUUGAAAUCCCUUCUCUGUACUCAAGCCUGUCUAACACAAGGGCUAGGAAAAAGUUCUUUGUACGUGUAACCAUAUCACCUGCCAUCAAGUGUAAUAGAUCUUGUGAAAGGGGCUAGAAUAGGCUGGGAAGAGGGGAGGGGGCUCAGUCUGAGGGUUUUUCAUAGCUUUGCACCUUGUAAUGAUAGCAAAACCAGAAGCAUCACUUAGUAAACUAGUGAUGAGCAAAUAGGCUGAUGUUGGGAUUAACAUUCAGACUAGCAAAACAUCAUUUGCUGCUCCACUUCCCGCAGGAUCCCACUCUCCCACUCCUCCCCAGCAGACCUGGGUCUCCCGCUUGUCCCUCAUUCUUACCUGGUGUCAUCGUGUGAGGUAGCAGCUCGGUGGCCUUUAACCCCUUCACCUCCACUUACUGAGCAUUUAUCUUGUGGGGGGCAACCCAGUGUCCUUUCACUCCCCCUGGGAACUUCUGCAGGGGACAAGAAGUUCUCUGCAUGUUUCAGUUACAGCCAGAGGAGUGAAACACUCCUGUCCCCUGACUGCUGCUGAAUACACUGGCCCUUUAAAUCUGAGGCUAACACACCCUGGAGUGCAUUGGGCUGAAGUGGGAGGCAGGAUUUUGUGAAGGGGGAGGUGUCCUUCAUUCCUUCGCCCUCCAGUGAGAGGGAGCCAGGCUGCUAGCAGUGGGGGAAAUCCUCACAUUCCCUCCCAGCAGGAGGGCAAGGAUGUUACUUCUCUUUUCCUGCACCCCUGAGGUUAGGGUGGAGAAGCUAACUUCCCAUUACACUGGGAUUCAUUGCUGUCUCAUGGUAGCAGCAAAAGGCAGUGAUGGGCAGAGGUUUCCAGUGGUAUGCUGGAUAGCCCUGAUACUCCAGCUAUUUGCAAAUAUUUGCCUAUCCCUAAUAAUCA